UACUAUAUAACAAAUAAUUUGAGCAGGAUGUCUGUGGCGGCACUUGGAUGUACUUCUUCCUCUGUGUUGAAAGGUACAAAGUGCUUGCAUACUACAGCUGCUCUCUGCACGAAAUGGAGAUACAAGAUGAUGGAUGGUGCUCCAAUCAUGCCAAAACGGAAGCGGGCUGAAAUACGAUUGAUGAGACCCAACAAAGAGGCCUGUCAGAGAUUCUGGUGGAAAGAGGAUGAUACAAUUUGGCACUGGCCCAGAGAUGAUGCAGGAUACUUUCGAUAUGGGAGGUAUCAACCAUUGAAAGGGAAACCAGUUCAAGUCACUGAUCCAGAAAAAGUAGAAAUGGUUAAGAAACUGAUGGGACCCUAUCAUUUAUACAGACAAACAGAGUGGUUUAGACAUGAUCAUGAGUAUGAAAGGGACCCUUAUGAAAAUUUAAGUAGAGGUUUUUUGGGACUGCCAUCAAAAGGGGGAAGCUGAGACCUUCAUAAAUUAUGUUUCUCCGAUUUCUUAAUUUAUUGAAAGGGUAAUAAUAUUUCGAGAUAAUAUAUUGAAUUGAAUUUUGCUUUGGAUUUAUUUGAUGGUUUGCGAUCCCGUUUAAAUAUCUCUGCUCCACCGCACCGCACCGCUGACAUAAUAUAAGGGGUCGUUAACAUAUUACGCCAUCACGUUUGGCCAAUUGCCAACCCAUCCGCAAUCAGUUUUAAACAUAGCGAUUGUAUUCAAAUUACACUAGCAUUAUCAUUUAUGAUAGCGUAAUAUGUAAACGACCAUUACAAAUCCUGAAUUAGGAAUACAGAUACAGCUGACCAUGAAAUGUGAAUAAAUUUAUCAGAUUGUUUGACCUCCUGACUCGCUUGUACAUUAUUGUUGUGGCUAAUGCUUCUGAAUUAUUUCUCCACAACCUGUUUAGAAUUUAGAUCCCAGCUUGCCAAGAAAUGUCUAAAUGAACUGUGAACAAUUUCUCCAUUCGCGUUAGGAGUGCUCGAAUUGUAAAUAUUUCAUUGAAGUGUGAUGUCUGAUAGACUACUGUCUUUUAAUUUCCAAGGCUUUCAAUGUAGUAGAAUGUCGCGAAGUUGGUCAGAAGAUUUGAUCACUAUAAAAAUCUAGGAUCUUUAUUACCUUAGUUAUCGCGUCAGACUCCUACCCCGCCCUGAUUUGUAUUAAACGAUAAUGGGUUACUAUGUAAUAUGUACACAAGAUAUGAUUCAUCUCAAGGUGUAAUGAUAUUACGGUAUUCAGUGGACGAUAAAUGAAGAUCUUCCUGAGUUAAAUAUCGCGGGGUAAAAAUAAACAAAGCACUAAUAUAUAAUAUGUGUACUACAUAAUGCAUAAUAUGUAAACAGUUAUGGAGUUCUUGGAUAGAUUUCAAUUGUCCAGGCAAUUAUUUCAGUGAAAUUUGCUCUUAACCAUUUUCUUAACUG